AUGGCCAAAAGUGUUGUCUGUAGUUCAGAUGCGCUGUCUGAAUUAUUGGUAUCUGCUCACCUCAACGUGUAUAUCAACCGAACCACAAGUGGUGUUAGAGCUAAGGAUCAAGAGAAAGAUUUGACAUGCUAUGCCAUUGCAUCCGCUGUUGUGCUCCAUUUGGCAAUGCAACGAAUUCAUGGUCGAGAAGGAGAAUAUCCUAGUUUUGAUGAAUUAAAAGAUGAAAUGAUUCGCGAGCAUGGGAUACGCCGUGCUCAUACUAGUGAAGUUCUGCAGAAAAUAUGCCCGAAGUAUCGCUUACACUACCGCAAAGUCGGCAUCAAGGGGGCAAAGCUAGCCAUUGUCAACAAACGUCCCGUGGUAGCAAAAUUUUAUCUCACGGGCGACGAAUGGGAUGCGUUUGAAAAUUUCUACGACACAAAUCCAGAUGGUAUACUUACGCAGAAUGAUCUUGAUGUUCGUAAGCGUCCUACAAGUCCUCCGCCUGGCACUUCUGGCCAUGCCGUCGUUAUGACCAGUUACAACAGCAAGUGUUUAACCUUCACGAAUUCCUGGGGAGAAGAAUGGGCAGACAAAGGAUUCUUCAGAGUACAAAAUGCAGACGUACUUGGUGAUCAGCUAGAAUUCUUCGAUGUUUACUGGGAGUUGGAUGAUCUCACUGAAAAAGAGCAAGAGAAGUACCGAAAGUAUGGAUCCGAAGUAGCCAAAAGGUUGAUAGAGUUCUUAGAAGGUCUGGAAUUUGCGAAAUACACGUGCCCAGAAUGUGAGCAAACGUCGUUGGUUACUGAAUUUACUGGAACGCUGUCGAAAGUUCAGUGUCCGAAAUGUUUCCGUGACUUUUCAACCAGUGAUAACGCGGGGAACAUUCUGGCUCUGAAUGUGUACUUGACAUCUCUGAGCAGAUAA